UGUAAAGCUUGUAACUUUUUCUUCUGUUGACUGGGGCAAGGGCGAGGAGUUCACUUGUCUGUCGAUGGUAGUCAAGCACUUCAUCCUUUUCUGACAACCUUCUCUCUGCUUCUCGCUUUAUUCUGUAAAUAUUUACUUCCAGUAGAGAAAAAUUGCCGCCAUGAAGCUAUUCUCACUUCUCCUGGUCGGGCUGGUCGGGCUCGCUUCUAUUAUUUCUGCAGAUUAUACAUGUACAAAGACGAAAGAUUGUGCCAGUGGAUGUUGCAGGCUAGGAUCUGAUGGAACGGGAAGCUGUGGUCUUGGACCUACAUUUUGCGGAGCAGGCAACUGUACAUCGACGUGUGAUGCAGUUUCUGAAUGUGACCCUGGAUGGGGUUCCAAAUGGUCUGCAGCAGAAGCUUGUCCUCUUAACGUCUGCUGCAGCCAGUACGGCUUCUGUGGUACCACUUCUGAUUUCUGCGGAUCAUCUACCGUGACUUCUCCUUCCUGCGGCGGUGCCAGCUCCGAUGCUCGAACGAUUGGAUACUACGAAGGCUGGAAUCUGGAGCGACGCUGUGAUACCAUGACUCCAGAAAAGAUACCCUUGGGGUAUUACACACAUAUCAAUUUUGCAUUUGCAUUAAUCGAUCCAGUCACGUUCAAUAUCGCUCCUAUGGGGUCUGAUGUUGCCGCACUUUAUCAAAGAGUCACAGCCCUUAAAAUUCUGCAGCCUGGGCUUCAGGUCUGGAUCUCGGUUGGAGGAUGGGCAAUGAAUGAUCCCGGGCCAACAGCAACUACAUUCUCAGAUAUUGCGGCAUCGUCUACGGCACAGUCUAAUUUUUUCAAUUCUUUAAUCAGCUUCAUGGAGAAAAAUGGGUUUGAUGGCGUUGAUCUUGAUUGGGAGUAUCCGGUUGCACCAGACAGAGGGGGGAUUGCAGCUGACCAUGAAAACUAUCCUGUAUUCCUUCAGAACCUCCGAAAUGCAUUAGACCAGAGUGGGAUGCCAACUCGUCCCGGAAUAUCAAUUACGAUUCCAUCUUCGUACUGGUAUAUGCGCGGCUUCGACAUCGUAAAGAUCGAUCCUGUAAUUGACUUUUUCAAUAUCAUGACUUACGACAUUCACGGAACUUGGGACUCCACGGAUCCGUCAAUUGGAGCUAUUGCGCAAGCACACACGAAUCUAACGGAGAUUGAGCAGAGCCUGGAGCUCCUUUGGAGGAAUAACAUCGAUCCCGCGAGAGUAAAUCUUGGUCUUGGAUUUUAUGGUCGCAGCUUUACAAUGAGCAGCUCGUCCUGUCUUGCAUCAGGUUGUCAAUUUUCUGGUGGUGGCAAACCCGGGCCAUGCACAAACACGUCUGGAAUUCUUUCAGCUACUGAGAUCAGAGAAGUAGUCGCUGGUGGCGCAUCCGUCACGUUUGAUCCCGUUGCAGCUGUCAAGAUCAUCACGUGGGACAACAACCAAUGGGUCUCUUAUGAUGAUGUCGAAACCAUGAAGUUGAAAGUCCAAUACGCCAAUAGCCGCUGCCUUGGAGGGACUAUGGUAUGGGCUGUAGAUUUGGAUGAUGGAACCACGAUAAAUGCACUUGGUUCGGACCUCAGUCGUCCAAAAACUCCAACUCUUGAUCCGAGUCUUUUGGACCCCAACUUUAACAAUACGGAUUUGGGAAGUGACUAAAGCUUUGCAUUAUUUAUUAUAAACAACCUAUUUUCCUAUUUUCACC